AUGCUAGCAACAUUUUCUGUGUUGGCUUUUGAUGGUCUUAUCUACUUGAUGCUGGCACUGUACUUUGACAAAAUCUUACCCUAUGGAAAUGAGCACCGCUAUUCUCCAUUAUUUUUCCUGAGUUCAUCAUCUUGUUUCCGACACCGAAGGACUGAUAAUACGGUCAUUGAGAAAGACCUGGAUCCCGAGCAUCCCUCUGAUGGUUAUUUUGAACCCAUAGCUUCUGAAUUCCAAGGAAAAGAAGCCAUCAGGAUUAGAAACGUUAAAAAGGAAUAUAAAACAAAGUCUGGACAAGUGAAAGCUUUGAAAGAUAUUUCAUGGAUCUAUUAA